AUGGAGAAACCUCAUAGGAGGGAUUGGAGCUCUAGGCUUGGAGAUGCGCUAUGGGCUUACCAGACGGCUUAUAAGACACCAAUUGGUAUGAGUCCAUUCCGGCUAGUCUAUUGGAAAGCUUGUCAUCUCCCGGUAGAGGUGGAACACAAAGCUUAUUGGGCCGUGAAGGAAUGUAACUCAGGAUUGGGGGGAGCCAGAGUUGAAAGGAAAUUGCAAUUGGAAGAAUUGGAAUGUAUUCGGCUAGAAGAUUAUGAAAACUUAAGGCUCUAUAAAGAGAAAGUGAAGACGAUACAUAACAAGAACAUCAAGAGGAGAGAGUUUAGAGUUGGGUAA